GUUUCUGUGUAUUAUAAAGGAUGCUUAAAGAAAACGAUGAAAGAAUUUGAUUCAUGUUUGAAAGGCAAACCAUUCACAUUCAGAGUUGGCCAAGGCGAGGUCAUAAAGGUCUGGGAUAAUGGCGUUGAAGGUAUAGCUAAACACUCGUGUGAAUUUUUAUCUGAUAUAGCUGGGUUUCACUCACGUGAUAUGUUUAGCGCUUGGUCGUCAACUCAAAAUGGAAACACAUUUAUCGGAUCGAGUUAAAUUUACAUUAUAAGUAUUGAUCUUGUGUUUGGUAACAAAUAUAUAUGAAGUUCCGCUGAGUUUAAACACUCGUAAUAGAGCUUCGUGAACAUAAUACUAUUUCUAGUCUUUUGAACACAGAAGUAAAUACGCGCGGAUGUUAUACAGUCUCUGAGACUGAGUGUCCUCUAGUUACUGUUUUAAUACCUUCGCGUAUCUCGGGUACGUAAGUAUGCGAAUUAUCGCAACCGGUUACUGAACCUCCAGCAAGAACUGUUAAAACUGAUACAACAAUACAGUUUAUAAAAACGUGUUAGUAUUUAAUGAUUUUUGAUUCAAUUAUAGGAAUGCAAAUUGGUGGUAAGCGCAGAUUGAUAGUUCCGCCUACACUUGGGUAUGUUUUAACUUUGAAAUUGAAAUUUAUUGCGAAGCCUAAUGAAUAAGAAUGAGUAUUCAAAUCUUAAUUUCGAUAAAAGUGGUGGCGGUUAGGAAUUCUCAGACAAGGGGGCUUAGGCCCCCGACUGGGGUUUAGGGCCAUGCUCUUUCGUGAAGUUUUGAACUUUGAGUCGUUGAAACGAUAUUUCCAUUCUUUUCCUACAUUUUGAGGAUACCUUGAGGCAGAAUACAACUGUCUUUAAAAGUGUGUUUAACAACACUACAAAACACGCUGGUCACAAAACAUGGUUUCUUCCCCGACAAAAUUCUAUUUUUUCCCUCGAGGGGAGACUCUUCUGCCACUCCUGACAAAAACCCCCUAUACUUUUGGAGUUACUUCUGUGAAUUGUCAAAAAAAUUUUGAAAACAUUUUGGUUCUAUGGAAAACUUGCAUGUUAAUAUUAAUCUAACACAGCUUAUGCAAAAUUUGGUUGCGUAAUGUUUUAAAGCUUGGAAAAUAUAGCCUUGCAAAAUUUCCAAAUUUUGUAUAAGUUUGUAUUAGCUAUACGUGCGGAAAUUGUUACCAUUUUUGAGCCGAAUAAAUAUGCAAACUUCGCAAGGCUAUAUAUAGGCUAUAUUCUCCGUAUUUUACAACAUUAAUUUUGUAACCAAAUUUUGCAAUUUUACUAAUUUUAAUAAGUUCUGUACUGGAAUUUACUUUUUUUUCCUGGAUCAAAAAUUAAUCUAACAUGCAAGUUGUGUAUUGUCUUGUAGGUAUGGUUCGAAACCAAUGGGCUCAAGUAUUCCUCCGAAUAGUACAUUGAUCUUUGUGAUUGAAUUAUUGAAGGUGCAUUAA